AUGGCGCCCGGUGCGGGCCGGCAUGCUGUUCGCGGCUGCGGCCUCCCGGAUCCCCGCCUCCAGGGUCUGAAAGGCUGCAUCAAGUUCCCCAGCCACAGCAUGGCCUGUGCAGGCGUCAAGACUUGCACUGGCAACAUUGCGCAAAGCAGCAGCAUACGCAUUCCUAGCACUGGGCUGCCAUUUCACUCGUGA